AGUGCUCUCUUCCCCCGCAGUCCCUGUGCGUUGAAGCCGGAGACCGCGGCGGCCUCUGCUAGGACCCCUCGCCCCGGAGCCUCCGGCCGGAGCCGCAGCCUCAGCCGCAGCGCCCCCGCCGCCUGUUCCCCGCCCCGCCGCCUCCGCCGGAGCCGCCUCGCGCACUUGAGCUACAAAUAUUGUAUACCAUGAAGGACCAUCCAAUUUAAAGGAGACCCUAAAACGAAGUGUGCAGAAGCCUCCAAUAACUUAGCUGCUGGGCUGUUGCCCUUAGGACAGCUGGGGUAUGGCCGUCAAUGUGUACUCCACGUCCGUGACCAGUGAAAAUCUGAGUCGCCAUGAUAUGCUGGCAUGGGUCAAUGACUCCCUGCACCUCAACUAUACCAAGAUAGAACAGCUCUGUUCAGGGGCAGCCUAUUGCCAGUUCAUGGACAUGCUCUUCCCCGGCUGUGUACACUUGAGGAAGGUGAAGUUCCAGGCCAAACUAGAGCACGAAUACAUCCACAACUUCAAGGUGCUGCAAGCAGCUUUCAAGAAGAUGGGUGUUGACAAAAUAAUUCCCGUAGAGAAAUUAGUGAAAGGAAAAUUCCAAGAUAAUUUUGAGUUUAUUCAGUGGUUUAAGAAAUUCUUUGACGCAAACUAUGACGGAAAGGAUUACAACCCUCUGCUGGCGCGGCAGGGCCAGGACGUAGCGCCCCCUCCUAACCCAGGUGAUCAGAUCUUCAACAAAUCCAAGAAACUCAUUGGCACAGCAGUUCCACAGAGGACGUCCCCCACAGGCCCCAAAAACAUGCAGACCUCUGGCCGGCUGAGCAAUGUGGCCCCACCCUGCAUCCUCCGGAAGAACCCCCCAUCAGCCCGGAAUGGCGGCCAUGAGACCGAUGCCCAGAUUCUCGAACUCAAUCAGCAGCUAUUGGAUUUGAAGCUGACGGUGGAUGGGCUGGAGAAGGAGCGUGACUUCUACUUCAGCAAACUUCGAGACAUCGAGCUCAUCUGCCAGGAACACGAAAGUGAGAACAGCCCUGUUAUCUCGGGCAUCAUAGGCAUUCUCUAUGCCACCGAGGAAGGAUUUGCACCCCCCGAGGACGAUGAGAUUGAGGAACACCAACAGGAAGACCAAGACGAGUACUGAGGGCGGCCCCAGCCCUGGCUGACUGCACGGCUGCCGUGCCUCCCCGCCCUGCUCCCGCCCCACAUUAUAAUCCUUUCCUUACA